CCCCCGUGCGGUAUAUAAGAGGUCAGCAUGGCUAUAUCGUGUCAGUUCAGCGCUGUGGCCGCCGUCACCAUGAUUGCUCUUGUGCUCGCCGCUGCAAUCGCGACUCUUACCUCCGUCAUCACCGCCCACGAACCACUGACGCCAGGCAGAAACUGCAACAGAAAAUGUGUUUAUGGAGACACAAGAAUCUGUCAUUUCCACUUUGAUGUCCAUGCGUACCAGACCUUGUCCAGGGCGUGCUACGAUUGCCCGAGGAACACCACGGACUGUCAUCGGCCGGAGUGCAUUCCUGGGGAUGGCUUCAAACGGCGCAUCUUGGUGGUCAACAAGCAGAUGCCGGGACCACCCAUUCAAGUGUGUCAAGGUGACCGUGUAGUAGUGGAUGUCAAAAACUUAAUGUACAGUGGAGGCCUAACUGUACACUGGCAUGGCAUCACCAUGGAAGGACCUCGUUCCUCUCGUGGUCGUAAGAAAUCUGGCACUCCUCAUAUGGAUGGUGUUCCUGCUAUCACACAGUGUCCCAUUCACUCUGGGGCAACCUUCAGAUAUUCCUUUUAUACCCCAGAUGCUGGCACACACUUCUACCAUGCACAUACAGGGUUUCAGAGAGGUGAUGGUGUCUUUGGUCCCAUCAUUGUGCGGCAGCCACCGUCAAGGAAUCCAUAUCAUGAUUGCUAUGACCAUGAUCUUCCUGAACAUGUGAUAAUGUUCCAUGAUUGGCUACAUAUACCUACAGAAGAUAAAUUUGUUCUUAGGCAUCAUGGCGGUGGAGACGACUUUCCUGAUUCCAUGUUAGUGAAUGGUCGCGGACCUCGGCAGCAUCCAAAUGCUUCAUCAAUCUCUGAAUUAAUCCCAUAUACAAGAUUCAAAGUGACGCCAGGUAACCGAUACCGCUUGCGUCUCAUCAACCCUGCUAUCCUCAACUGUCCCAUUGUGGUGUCCAUUGAUGAGCACAUAUUUACUAUAAUUGCAUCUGACGGAAAUCCUAUAAUUCCUGUUAAUGCUACUUCUCUGGUUGUUUACCCAGGGGAACGGUGGGAUGUCGUGAUUUCUGCUGAUAACAGUAAAUCUGGAGCAUUCUGGAUGAGCUUCAUGGGAGGAGUUGACUGUGCAGUGACAGAAGCUCACCAGUUUGCCCUCUUGGAGUAUGAAGAACUUGGUUUUACUCAGGUGUUUGAAGAACUGAGUUUUACUCCGAAUAUCUCCAAUUAUAGACAGGAACAUAGGUCAGAUCACACACUGCUACUGAACAUGCCACCUAAGCCAAAGUUCACUGAAGUUCCACCUCCUGGAGUUCAAGUUAACAGCAUUAACAGUGCCUGUUAUAAUGAUCUUAUAUGUGUUGCCGACCUGAGGUCCCCAGAGCCUUUGCCACGAGAUUUGAGGAAAGAAGAGGCUAACUUCACCUUCUACUUAGCAUUUGAGAUGAACAGGAUACACAAUCCUCACUUCUACUCCAGAAUGUACUACGAUUUUCAUUCAAUGAUGGAAGACCAACAGAUCCCAACGCCACAGAUCAACAACCUCUCCUAUGUGGCUCCAGCGACUCCUUUAAUCCUUGGUGGUGGGAAAAGAGAACGAGUGUGCAAUGCUGAGUCACAUCCCAGUACUAAGAAUUGCCAAGAUGAAUAUUGCGAGUGUCUCCACAUGUACAAAAUUCCACUUGGAUCAACUGUUGAGAUGGUUUUGAUUGAUGAAGGUCAAUUUGGUGAUGAGAACCAUCCUAUUCACCUCCACGGGCAAUCCUUCUGGGUACUGGGUCAAGACCGGCCCAAUGAUGUGGUUGAUGCUUCCAUCACACGAGAUCAGGUGAUUGAGAUGGAUCGCACUGGUCAGCUGCAUAGGAACUUUGACCAUCCAGUAUACAAGGAUACAGUAACGAUACCUGAUGGAGGCUAUUCAAUUGUCAGGUUCCGUGCUUCUAAUCCAGGAUACUGGUUGCUUCACUGCCACCUCAUAUUCCAUUCUGUGGCUGGCAUGGAAUUAGUCUUCAAAGUUGGAGACGACGAUGAUAUCCCUUCAGUCCCAUCAGACUUUCCUUGGUGUGGGGACUACAAAGGAGAUGAAUUCUAAGACAAUUUCGCCAAUGAAAUGACAAACAUUCCAAAGUAUUAAUGGCUGACAGAGAUAUGAGGUUUAGUGAAUUCUUUACUGUGUAUUAGAUGUUGGUGAAGUUGUGAAAUCUGUGAUUUAUUUCUUGCUUCCAGUGUUUACAUGAAGUGUGAGAACGAAUUUACUGUGUUGCUGAUGGUCUGGUACACCAGGUUUUUGGUAUGUGAUUAUUAAGACUGCUUUUGAGACUGGAAAUAUAAAUGACAGAUCUCUUCA